AUGUUAUUGGGGGAACAAAUCCAAAAGCCGGUGUGGCGACGCAUUUUAUCCCACCAGCCGCAGGACACGGUCGGCACGAACAGCGCGCCCGCGCCGGUGCAUUACACCCACACGCCUCGGUGCCAAACGGCGCCAAAAACUCGUCAGGGGGCGCGACACCCACGAACGCGGGAUAAUAAACCGCGGCGCUUGUGGGCCCACCGAUUCCCACAGACUAAACUCGGGUGUGCAAUAGUGAAACGUCAUUUGACGGUCCGCCUGGCGCUCGACGUGCACGAACAAAGGCGCGACCCAGAAUCUCGGGUUGCAGCGGUCUGGCGCCGGCCGACACAUCCCGAGAACUUGGCACCGCCAUUUGGGAAGAGG